GACAAAGAGAGAGAGAGAGAGACGAGAGAGAGAGAGAGAGAGAGAGAGAGAGAGAGAGAGAGAGAGAGAGAGAGAGAGAGAAGCAAGCCUGAAUCCUAGACCACAGACAACCAGUGAGGGGACCAGGAGGUGUAACAAGGAGGCAGUUGUACGCCGUCUACAGAGCUCUGAUUCGCAGGCUGGGUCACCCUCUACGGAGGAGCCUGGAAGUCAGUGGAGGGGAACCAGAUGGGCCGGCGGUGCAGGAUAUGUCAGUGCACCAUGGAGGCCCACAGAGACAGACUCCAGAGUGUGUGUCCCCGAAGGUGUUGUCUCACUCCAUCGAGCGGAUCCUGAGGAGAGCACAGUGUCUAGAUGGGGAGGAGAGGGGGGGGCGGCGGAGAGGAGGAGAGAGGGAGCAUGGCGGGAGAGACGGGGUCUGUGUGUGUGAAGACCACCGCUGAGCAACAGCCUAAAGUCAACAGAUGCCCAGGUGUGUUUUGUCAGUGGUUUCAAAGGCUCAGUUUGUUGGAGCAGGCUGUGGAUUUGAUGAACUGUAUGAUGUGGUUUCCAUCAAAGCAUCUGCUAAAUGACCGACCGUAUUAGUAGCAGUAGAAAACUUUAAUAUCCAAAACACAAGGGGGAAAUUAAAUUCAAUGAAGCAAGAUAAAUAGAUAAGGACAUUAUAUAUUCAAUAGUGUAGAUUGCGUUUCUUGUGCUACAGCCUUCUUAACUGCAGAGUUGAACUCAGAGGGUGGACACAGAGUAAGUACUGUACAUGUAAUUGCAACAGUAUUGAAUGAGGCUUUAUAUUUUAUUUGAAGAAGGUUUAAGUUCUUGCUAAGUGUUUCUAUCCUCUCUGGUGUACUAAAGUUGAGGAACUGCAGAGCCAAGGCAGAGGUAGUUUCAUGCUUUUGUGCUUUUUUUCCCUACCCUUUUGAAUGUGGUGCUUUGAUGUUGAUUUUCAAAAAUGUCUGUUAGUGAUUCAUGAGCCGCUUAGGGAAUUGGGUUCCUUCAAAUUCUAUUCUGGACCAAAAUAAAAACAACGACAAUAAACAAAACAAUUAUGAUCAAAAAUACACUUGAGACAUGGUAAUGACAAUUGCUGUGUAGCUAUGGGUUGUUUUAACAUUUUCUUAAGGGCAAACAUUUUCUGCAAAUAUGUUAACCCCAUUUAGUGCACAAAUAAUAACUUGUUUCCUGUCAUGACAGUUUCUGUAACUGUCAAGGACUUCCGCCGAGGUUGGUCCUUCUCCUUGUUCGGGUGGUGUUCGGAGGUCGACGUCACCGGCUUUUUAGUCACUACCGAUCUAUUUUUCUGUUUUGUUUUGUUUUGUCUGAUUACACACACACACCUGUUUUACUUUCCCUCAUUACAUUCCCUAUUUAACCAUCUGACAUACAUUUCUGUUCUGUCCGUGAUUGUUUAUGUCGUUAGUGGUUGUGUUCGUGUUAGAGUUUUGUUGUAUGUUCCAUUUUUGGAAUUUUGCUUUAUUCUUUGAGUAAACUCAGUUGGAUUACUCCAUACCUGUGUCCUGCGCCUGACUCCGCUUUCACUCUGCACCCAAUCGCUGACAACUUGUACUUGGAUAGUUACCUGUAAAUAGACUUAAAGUGAACGGCCAAACACAUUUACAGAGUUUGCUAGAUAUCUGCUUUCCAUUUAGAAAGUAAUAAAGUGUGUGUGUUUGGAGUAAUGUCGCGGAGCGGCAGUCGGUGGGUACGAAGCACAUUCACCUCAGACCAGCUAGAGGUACUAGAGACGUUCUUCCAGGAGAGCCAAUACCCUGACAUACAUUCCAGAGAACUACUGGCCUCCCAAACACAGCUGUCAGAGGCACGAGUACAGAUAUGGUUCCAGAACCGCCGGGCCAAGCGGAGGAAGACUGGAGCUCUGGGAGAGAGCAGGGGAUUGGACGAACUCUCAGACACCGACCAACAGUCUGAGAGGGUGGUGCCGCUUCCUCCGCUGAUUGGAUCCCUCCAAACCAGGCCACACCCACUACGGCACAGGGUCUUCCUCUCCAGGCCACCCUACCAUCCCAUUGGUGUUUACCAGCACUUCCUGCCCAAGCUCCACCCAGCCCUGGUACCCUACUCUGAGCCCUACCUGCUUCCCCUCCCAGCCCAGUCCUAGUUGACACCAAUGACACACACCAUACCGGGACACACACUCAGCUGACAGACGCACACACCGGACGUCUUAUAUGUCAAGUAUGUCUGUCCCUGAACAUAUGUGUUUUCUGUAUGUAAAACAAUUCUACUCAUACAGAAGUCUGCUAUUUUCAUUAAUUUCAUACAAAGUACCGUAAAUAAAGGUCUUCAGUCUGAGCAUGAAUAGCUGAAUCAGGUGUGUUAUUGUAGGGAUGGAAUGAAACACCCAGUAGCUCUCCAGGACCAGAGUGGGAGAGUUGGAGACACAUGUCCCAGACUGAUCCUGGGUUCUCUGGUAUUCUGAGAAACACUCAGUUAUCAUCAUCAGUCUUACGUCACUUCCAGAGGGCAGGCCAGGCGGUGUGUGUAGAGUCAACCAUAUAGUUCCUUGAAUCUGAGAAGUCCUCUCAAAGGUUAAAGUAGUUCAUGUGAUAUGAUUAAUAGGACAAUGUUCUCGAGUCUUUAAACAAUGAAUAUUUAUAGGUGACGAUUGCCAAGGAAACCAUUAUAUAUUAUCAUUAUGUAUUUAUAGUAGAAACUCAAUAAAUUACAUGUAGCCCACACAUACAGUGCCAGGGUUUGAGAGAGAAAGAGAGAGAGAGAAAUGCAGAUAGAAAGAGAGUUAUUUCAGACGAUACAUGGCCUAUAAAAGUAUAGUAUG